CCCACAUCUCCAGCUGCGACCUUGCUGGCGACAACGCAACUAUAUUGUUUAUAUUGUGCUUGUUGCUGCCACAUGCAUGAGCGAGUCUUCAAUUUCACAGACACUGUUUUCAAAGGUUACACAGGUUUUUCAGGCCCAUAACUUUGACAUAGCAGCUUAAGUGUGUCGGCGACAAUCCGAGUACCUUUUCCAUCAUGGCUGGCAAGAAAUUCAUAGGAGCCAUUGACAAUGGGACCACUAGCACCCGCUUCCUCAUCUUCGACCACACCGGUAACCCGGUGGCCGAACACCAAGCUGAGUUCAAGCAGAUGUACCCUCAUUCAGGGUUAGUAGCCCUACUCACUUGGAGCACGCGACUUCCCUCGGCCGUGCUAACACCAGCCCAGCUGGCACGAACAUGACCCUCUCGAGCUCGUCUCCUCGACCAGCGAAUGCAUAGACAAGGCUUGCGAAAAGUUCGAGGCCAAAGGCUACUCCCUCUCCGACAUUCAAGCCAUCGGUAUAACCAACCAGCGCGAAACGACCUGCGUCUGGGAUAAAGAGACGGGUGAGCCACUCUACAACAGUAUCGUCUGGACCGACACUCGUACACACCGCAUUGUGCACGAACUCAAGGCGCGCAAGGGCGCGGACGAAUUACAACCACUCUGCGGCCUGCCGAUAUCUACAUACCCGUCCUCGACGAAGCUGUUAUGGAUGCUGAGACAUGUGGACAAAGUCAAGAAAGCGUACGACGAAGGCCGACUCGCCUUCGGUACGGUCGAUACGUGGCUCGUAUACAAAUUGAACGGCGGUCCCAAGGCGAACGUGUUCGUUACUGACCCUACGAAUGCAUCGCGAACAAUGUGGAUGAACAUCCAUAAACUGCAGUAUGACGACAAACUUAUCUCCUUCUUCGACCUAGAUGUCAAGACACCGAAGCUCCAUCUCCCAAAGAUCGUUCCGUCGUCCGAUCCCGCCGCGUAUGGGAAACUGGCCAGCACGAAACUCAAGGGAACCAAAAUCACAGGCUGCUUGGGCGACCAGUCGGCCGCGCUUGUUGGCCAGAAUGGCUUCGUGCCUGGGCGCGCAAAGAACACAUACGGCACCGGGUGUUUUCUCUUGUACAACGUCGGCGAGGAACCCGUCAUAUCUACGCACGGACUACUUGCAACUGUCGCAUACGACUUUUCACCACAGGGGAUCAAACCAGUGUACGCGCUCGAAGGGUCUAUCGCGGUCGCCGGAUCGAGUGUCCAGUUCCUGCGGGAUAACCUUGGGUUCUUCCCCGAAGCACCGAAAGUCAGUGAACUCGCGCAGACGGUGGAUGACAAUGGAGGGAUUGUGUUCGUGACGGCCUUUAGCGGCCUGUUUGCGCCGUACUGGUAUGACGACGUCAAGGGGACAAUCUGGGGGAUGACAAAUUACACGCAAAAAGGGCACAUCGCGCGUGCGACGCUCGAGGCCACGUGUUUCCAGACGAAAGCGAUCUUGGAUGCGAUGGAGAAGGACGCAGGUGUCAAGUUGCAGGAGUUGGCGGUCGACGGGGGCAUGAGUAAUUCUGAUUUGUGCAUGCAGACACAAUCCGACAUCAUCCAGAUCCCAGUGGAUCGGCCCAAGAUGCGCGAGACGACGGCACUGGGAGCGGCCGUCGCCGCGGGAUUCGCAGUGGGAGUGUGGAAGAAUUUCGACGAGUUGAAGGAGAUCAAUUCGGAAGGACGGUCCUUUUUCAAGCCCAAGAUCAGCCAGCAGGCCAGCGACAAGAUGUAUCGACGGUGGACCAAGGCUGUCGAGAUGAGCAAAGGGUGGGAGAGUGAGGAUGAAGAGGAAGAAGAGCAGGCGAAAGAGGAGAAGGGGAAGUUGUAAAUGGGCGGGCUUCAGCCGGAGAACACUUUCGGACGAGAUCUGCAAUGAUACCAGUCACUAUAUCACGAUUGCAGUGUCGUGGGAAUAGGCUGAGGGAUAUUUCAUUUCACACCCUCGAGCAAGCUUGCGUAGACCUUCAUGAAGAACAUGUCUAUGGCACCUGUCGUUGCUCACCUUCAGAACUGGUUUGGGUCCUCAUACUGCUCGAUCCUGGCCUCCCAAUCCUUCCGCAUAGU